CUUCUGGAGACCGGUUGGAGUUCAGAGCUUCCAGACACAGAAACCUCCAACCCCCCCUGCAUCGCGUCGAACCCUUCGGCCUCCCAGCGAAUUCUUCCCUCCCCUCCCGCCGCGAAUCCAACCGGCCCGCAAAACCCUAGGCCGAUGCGGCCGAUCCGGCUGCCCGAGCCGCCGGGCGUCGACGGCAUGGAGACGCCCGAGAUCUUCUCCGGCGGCGGCGGUGCCGCCACCGUCGUCCGCCGCGCCGUCCUCAUCGGCAACGGCUCCCCCGGCGCCGAGAACCAGUGCCUCGGCCUCGCCCGCGCCCUCGGCCUCGCGGACAACCUCACCCUCUACCGUGUCACGAGGCCGAGAGGAGGGAUCAACGAGUUGCUGCACUUUCUCCCCAUUUCCCUGCACAAGUUUUUAGACCAAGUGCUCAGGAAGUUCUUCCGAAACACGAGGUUCGCGAUAGUGGUUCAGGGGAGGAAGCCAUAUCGUGUCCCAAAUGCCGGUUCAGUUGGGUUGUCCACAGUUCUGGAAGCUGAUGUCAAGAAGAUUGUGACCGUGGCUCACGAUACAUACGAGAAGGAAGGUCCAACAUUAAUUGUCGCGUGUGGCUGGGACACCAUAUCAUAUUCAAGCUUGAUAAAGAAAGUAGCUUCAGAUAAUGUGUUUGUCAUUCAGAUCCAGCACCCCAGGUCUCGCCUUGAUAGGUUUGAUUUGGUGGUGACUCCUCGCCAUGAUUACUAUGCUUUAACUGCUAGUGGACAACAAGAAGUUCCACGCCUGUUCCGGAGAUGGAUUACUCCGCAGGAACCACCCGGGAGCAAUGUGGUGCUUACUGUUGGUGCACUACACCAAGCUGAUUCUGCUGCGCUACGGCUUGCUGCUAUAGCUUGGCAUGAUGAACUUGCCCCUUUGCCUAAGCCAUUGCUUGUUGUCAACAUCGGUGGACCCACAAGGAAUUGCAAAUACGGUGUAGACCUUGCCAAACAGCUCAUAAGUUCUCUGUAUAAUGUGCUAGAUAGCUGUGGGAGUGUCAGAAUUUCAUUCUCUCGGAGAACACCUUGGAAGGUCACUGAUAUUGUAUUUAAAGAAUUUGCUGGACAUCCGAAGGUCUAUAUUUGGGAUGGUGAAGAACCUAACCCUCACAUGGGACAUCUUGCAUGGGCUGAUGCUUUUGUUAUAACAGCAGACUCGAUAAGUAUGUUAAGUGAGGCAUGCAGCACAGGGAAACCUGUUUAUGUUAUUGGGACCGAGCAUUGUAAAUGGAAGUUUUCAGCUUUUCACAAGACUCUGCGGGAGCGAGGGGUUGUGCGCCCGUUCACUGGAUUGGAAGAUAUAUCAAAUAGCUGGAGCUACGCUCCCCUAAAUGAUGCCAUUGAAGUAGCUACUCGCGUUCGUGAAGUGAUUGCAGAACGAGGGUGGACAGUGGGAUGAUAGUGGUCACAAUUCACAAGUAGCACUGUGUUAUUCUGUCAACUUCUCUUCACUCUCUGGAUAGUGGAUAUACGGUAAAUUAUACAGUUUGGUUAACAUCUCAUGGAUUCGGUUUAUGUCGUUUGGAGGAAGAAUAAUAUAGCCAGGGAAUGGCCUGUACAAAAGCUGACCUUCUCUUUUGGUGGUAUACCCCAAUUUUUGGGUGAGUGCACAGCUUCCGGGAGAUGUUUUUGCUUUGGCAAUUGGCAACGUGUUGCCUCAUGUAAAUUUGACGCUGCUGGAAAGAAUUGGAGUAAAUAGAGUUGGGAAUGUGAAAAUUUGAAGCUGCUGCAGCUUGUUGUAU